AUUUUAAGGUCGUAUUUUCCAUAUCGUUGCUCGAGUUUGGUAUACUCAAGUUGAAUAUUCAAUGUAUAUUUAUGUAUAUAUGUUUAAAAAAAUAAGUGCUAACCGGUGUGCAGUAUUAACCCAAGCUUCCAAUGCAAUACGUUGGCGCCGUAGUCCAGGUUUUAUUGGGAAGUUCUUGUUGUACCUUAACAAGAACAUUGUCAGCGUCCAUACCUUUUUUUUUUUUUUUUUUUUUUUAAUACAGUGACGUCAAUCGUAUACAACACGAAAGAGUCUUUUGCUGAAUGUUUCCUAUGGUUGGGAGGAUCAUGGCUAGAUAGCCCAUCACUGAAGCUGCUUUCCAAACCAUCCUGACUGCGAUAGCUGGAGGCUCAUCUUCCAUCAUUUCGGGAAAGACACGAGUUGCAAAUAUAACCGCAACCAAGCUACCGGCGUCCUUUCAUAGCUGUCAUCUUGAGACAUGCAGCAGUAACAAAAAGAGCCAUGAUUGCUCAGGACACCUGUCAUAUCACCUGCUGAUGAACUAAGCUCAUUGAGUUGCCCAGAGUGCGGCACAGGCACGAGCCGGCGACCGCCAUGAUGGAAGGAGGCAUGCAGCUGCUGAACCGCGAUGGCCACAGCAUCUCGCACAACUCCAAGCGCCACUACCACGACUCCUUCGUGUCCAUGAACAGGAUGCGACAGCGUGGGUUGCUCUGCGAUAUUGUGCUCCACGUCUCUAACAAAGAGAUCAAGGCGCACAAGGUGGUGCUGGCUUCUUGCAGCCCUUACUUCCACGCCAUGUUUACCAAUGAGAUGUCAGAAAGUCGUCAGACCCAUGUGACACUCCAUGACAUCGACCCCCAGGCACUGGAGCAGCUCAUUCAGUACGCCUACACAGCUGAAAUCGUGGUUGGUGAGGGUAACGUUCAGACGUUGCUUCCGGCUGCUAGCCUGCUGCAACUCAACGGAGUGCGAGAUGCCUGCUGCAAGUUCCUCCUCAGCCAGCUGGACCCCUCCAAUUGCCUAGGCAUCCGAGGGUUUGCCGACACGCACUCCUGCAGUGACCUUCUCAAGUCGGCGCACAAGUAUGUCCUGCAGCAUUUUGUAGAGGUGUCCAAGACAGAGGAGUUCAUGCUGCUGCCAUUGAAACAGGUCCUGGAUCUGAUUUCAAGUGACAACCUAAAUGUACCAUCAGAAGAAGAAGUGUACCGGUCUGUGCUGAGUUGGGUGAAACAUGACAUAGAUGGCCGCCGGCCACAUGUUCCUUGGGUAGGACUCAUUUUGCCUGAACUGAAAUGGUUUCUCACUGUACUUCUCCAAACAAUGAUGCUGUUCUGUCAGUUGAUGAAGUGCGUGCGGCUGCCACUGCUGAGGCGUGACUUCCUAAUGAGCAACGUAGACACAGAGUUGCUGGUACGUCACCACUCCGAGUGCAAGGACCUACUGAUAGAGGCUCUCAAGUAUCACCUGAUGCCCGAGCAGAGAGGCGUCCUCAGCAACAGUAGGACGCGACCCCGCCGUUGCGAGGGGGCCAGCCCCGUGCUAUUUGCUGUUGGUGGGGGCAGCCUGUUUGCCAUUCACGGAGACUGUGAAGCAUACGAUACCAGGACGGACCGCUGGCACAUGGUGGCGUCCAUGUCUACUCGGCGGGCCAGGGUGGGUGUGGCAGCCAUUGGGAACAGACUGUAUGCUGUUGGUGGGUAUGAUGGCACCUCAGAUCUAGCAACUGUGGAGUCAUAUGACCCCAUUACUAACUCUUGGCAGCCUGAGGUUUCCAUGGGAACACGCCGGAGCUGCUUGGGUGUAGCGGUCUUGCAUGGUUUGUUGUAUGCUGCUGGGGGCUAUGAUGGUGCUUCUUGUCUCAAUAGUGCAGAGCGAUUUGACCCUCUUACCAGCUCAUGGACCUCAAUUGCAGCCAUGAGCACACGCAGGAGAUACGUUCGAGUCGCAACUUUAGAUGGAAACUUGUAUGCGGUGGGUGGUUACGACAGCUCCUCUCAUCUUGCAACAGUAGAGAAGUAUGAUCCUCAGAGCAACACAUGGACACCUAUUGCCAACAUGCUAAGUCGACGUAGCAGUGCUGGUGUGGCUGUGCUGGAUGGCAUGCUGUAUGUAGCAGGGGGUAAUGAUGGCACCAGCUGCCUCAACUCUGUGGAAAGGUUCAACCCUAAGACCAACACUUGGGAGGGAGUGUCUGCUAUGAACAUCCGCAGGAGCACUCAUGAUUUAGUGGCUAUGGAUGGAUGGCUAUACGCUGUGGGAGGUAACGACGGCAGCUCUAGUCUCAACUCAAUUGAGAAGUACAACCCACGCAGCAACAAGUGGGUGGCGGCCUCCUGCAUGUUCACGCGCCGCAGCAGCGUGGGCGUGGCCGUGCUGGAGCUGCUCAACUUUCCGCCGCCGUCCUCGCCUACCCUGUCUGUUUCCUCCACUAGCCUUUGACACGGGGUCAUCGGUUGGCUGGCCUCGGCCUCCCCUGCCACACCCCAGACCGGUUCUGGGAAGAGACGUAACUGCUCAGUUUGAGGAGUAGUGAUGUGAAUAAGGCGUCGAGAUGUUAAAAGUCUCUUGGUACAGAUUGCCAGGCAUAAAGAAAAUCAAAAUAUGAAAUUGGACAGAUUUACACUUAAUCAGACAGAACAGCAACAGCUGACCCGGAGGUCAAUUUUGUAGGAUGAACGAAGUCAAACAUCUUAUCUUUUUGUCUGGCUGGCCUUUUCACAUCCAAGGUCACUCUUCUCAAAAAUACUGUACGUAUUCCUCAUGAAGAUGAACAGCCUUACUUUAAACCUAACUUUGUUUGCCACCAACACUAAAAUUAGUCUCACAAGAGAUGCUGAAAGAAUUAUAAUGGUGGAUUAUUUAAAAAAAAAAAAAAAAAAAUAGCAUGCUUAUUCGACAAUAGCUAGUAUUGACUCCUAAACGGAAAGGCUAUAAUGACGUAGUGCUGCUAAUGUCACGCUAGGUGGCAAUAACAUGCAAUGUCAGCCCCUUCACACCCUCAAUGCACACUGAGACAGCAUGGACACAAGACCAGCAAGACCUCACAUCUAAAUAAUCUUAAGAUUUACAUAAGAAACAAAAGUUGCAUUCUAAUGUAUUUAUCAAGUUGUAUAAAUGUUGAUAUGUUUAGUUGUAAGUUGUAAAGAGAAGGAAACAGGAAAUGCCUAUUUAAGAAGUGUUUUCUUAUAUUUGUGUGACGUGUGUACUAUCAGUGGACAUAAUGAUGUGUGAGAGGGGUAAUGUAGUUGGAUUAAGUUAUGCAGAAUUCCAUUAGUUUACAUUAGGAAUGGAAAUUUGUCAGAUUUGCUUGAAUGGAUAAUGGAUAAAAUUAGCAAUAAUGUUCUUACUUGUUAGUUUUCUUUUAUAUUUGCAAGGGAUGGUGGGAUCCCCAUUUCCAUGGAGGUGUCAUGAGCAGAAUAUUUAAAAUAGGUUGAGUUGUCAUUGUAUGGAUAUAGUUCAGUUUUCCCAGAGUUAAAAGUCUAAGGUGUCGUUCCAUUAAUUUAUUUGUUUAUUAUUAUUUUUUGAUCAUUCAAUCAUUAAAACUUCUUGCUAAGUUCAUCUUUUGCACAAAUUGUGGCAUCUGUGACCGCAAGCAUUAUUUAAUCCACAGUUGCAUUUGGCAUUAUUUUAUAAUUAGGUAUUGUUGUAUACUACAAUACAAGUAUACAUGUAUAUAAUGCAUUUGCAUGGCAGCGGCAGUUACUGCACAGCUGGCUACUUGUUAAAAACCCAGAAAUAACGCCAAGCAGUGUGUAAAAGCUUCUGUUUACUAAGUCGCAAAUGAGCACAAUUCUGGUUUUACAAUACUUGGGAAUUUGUUCAAAAAUAAAUUGAAGCCGUUUAUUCAAACUGCCAACUCGCCUCGAGUUGGCAGGUGAUGCAAAGCUUUGCACAUGAUGCCACGUUGUCACUCUCUCAGCUCCUGAGAAGAGUGGACGUGUUGCAAGUAUGAAGUGGGUAGCUACUUGAGUAAUUUGAUGACCUAACGUCACAUACAGUAUAUGCUAAAUUCAAAUCCACUUGUUUGCAGGGAAUUUGGAGUUCUACAAACUAUUAUAAUCAGACUGUUAACCACAUAGAUAUCAGACUUAAACCAGGUCACAAACCCAUUUUUACAAAAAAAGGAUGUUGAUGGAAAGGUACUUUUAAGUCCGCAAACUAGUUUAGACCUACUAAACAGUACCCUGCAACAAAGUAUUGCACUUACUUGCUUUAAGACAUAACUGAUAGCAUAUUGAAAACAAUUGACAAGAAAUUUAUAGAUUACAUUGCCUACGCUGCGUUUCCUUGAGUUUCUCGACACCUGUGUGUGUUUUGAUCAAAUGACUAAAAUAUCUCACUGGCACAAGGAGGCCUUCAUAAAUAAAAUAGCACCAAUGAUGCAUAUAUAGUAGUUAUUCUGCUCUCUCCUUAUUUUCUGUCCUGUAUUUUACAUUCCCUCUUGGUUGAAUGAACCCAACUACUAUUACUAAGUGAUGCUGAGUAUUAGUAUUGAAUGACCCUAACAUUUCUUUUUAGAGUUUCUUUUAUUGCUGGUAUUGAACAUGGUUAAGAAACUGUAAAAUACCAACCAUAUUAUUACAAACUACUAGUAUAAUGACACCCAUUUUUUGUUCAAGAAUUUAGUUUCUACCUCAUUUUUUAAUUUAAUUUAUUUGUCUGAGAGGAUCCAGCCAAAUCAACCUGCACACGACUAAUGGAGAUGCUGUUAGUCACGUAUGAAUCCACCAGAAAAAGAUUGAAGGCCUCAUAAGGCAUGUAGAUCAAGAUGUAAAUAGGAAGAGACGGUUCACCGAAUCAAUGUUGUUCAAUGUGAAUGUUACCGUAGCUCCUUUUUUAAGUUUGUGCUUCGCUUGUAUUUGGUGAAUGUUUAUUUAUUUGAACUAUAAAAUAUUGAAUUUUGCACUAUUGCCGAUGGAGCAGUUUUAAAAAAUGAAAUAAAGAUGUCCCAAAUCUAAUAAAUCUUUGAGAAUAAAUAUAAGUCAGCCUUCUGUAUCCACAUAUUUUCAAGUAUUUUGCUUCUCAUUUAGACAUGAACUGUGAUAACACACACUGAACCCAGUGUUGCCAGGCUCACUGUACACCAGUGCUAUCUUCCCAACACUGUGAGCUAUGCAGACCGCCAAAUACUCCCACUUUACCUAUGCCCAAAACAUCACUAUGCCUGUGCGCUCCCCUACACACACACCAGAUGAAGAUCAUUAAAUUUAAUCAGCCAUAAACACAGGCACAACAUGCCCUUGCCUUAGGUUUGGUGAAGGUGACAAUGCACACAGACAUGCCGCAAAUGUCACCACUUGCAGUUAGUUAGCUUGUGCUAAAUUUUCCAAUUCUUCAUGAAAUUAAUGUUUUUGGAUGAUAUUUUUUGUCUAAGAUGAGAAUCCAGUACUAUUGAAGGUAAUUUUACACUGAAAACUAUCAGGGGUGUGAUUAAACCUGGGCAAUAUGACAAAAGUUGUUAUCAUGAUUAUUUUUUCUUUCAAAUUUAAAGUCUGAUUUUUGCCCCUGAAUGAAAGUUGACAAAACCAGAUGCUGCUUUAGCCAAUCAUUAGUGCCAGAACCAGGCAUGCGGCGGUUACCGGUUUCAAGGUUUACCGUGGUAUGAAAACGUCGCUGUUUCUAAAUGGAUACUUACUAAAAUUUUCCGUCUUACUUUAGUUACGAUAUAAGCUAUGUUUGUGGUCCCAAAAAUAUAGCGAGAAAUCUGCGGCUUGGAACGGCAGUGCUCACCCAUCCCCUUCCAGUUGUUGCUCUGUCCUGUGUCUGUCAGUGACACCUCACCUG